UGAACAUGCCAAACCUCCUGAACUUCGAACUACAAACAUACCAAACCUCCUGAACUUCGAACUGCUACGAUAUGGUUGUUAAGAAAGCUGAUUUCUGGUCGUCAAUUAAACUACGGAUGAUAAUGUUUGGCAUUUUUUGCUAACACCACGCUGCGCUCGCUGGAAAAGAAUUUACCGGCACUGCGUCUGAUCUCUCUGGAGAGGGGCUUCAGCGAAAUGGAAGUGUUCAGCAAGGACAUUAUAGACUAUCUCCGCAAUCUGCAUUGUGGAGACGAAUACGAGUGGUACAGGCACUGGUGGAGCAGUAACGGAUUGCUGCAGAGUGCUGGCAGGAAGCAAAUUUUCAGUAUUCCCAUUAUGUCAUGGCACAAUGAUGACUUGGCAAAAAGAGACGUGUUCCUGCCGAUUGACUGUGCCGUAGUGCCGUUUGCAAACGGUUCCGGCUCCAUUGAUUUUGCGCAGUACACCUUCUCCAUCAACGAAGACACAUAUUUGAGGGAAGUUCCGAAAACCCAUCCGGACAGCAUGGUUCAAGACACGUUCCCGGCAUUAUCCACGGAUGGACCGACGCAGACGGAGUGCGAUCUCUCGUUCCUGAACUUGCGAUGCCCAUCACUUCAAUCGAUUAACAGUGUGAACUGUGAACACCCGGAUUUUAGUGAUCAAGCGCUGUAUGCACCAUCCUGCUUGGGCGAUUUGCGGCGUUUAUCCGGGAUGCUGGCGCAACUACCUCCUCGUGCUCUGAUCAUGACCUGGAUGGAUAACAUCACGAUUGGCAUCUCCGACAUGGGCUACGUGAGACCCUACGUCGUUGCCUUCUUUAUAAAAUGGGUUUGCUCGAAGCCUCGCACGGCAAACCUACUGUACCAACUCCGGCUGGUCAAUUUAUUGGAUUAUGGGCUCUUCGACAACACCAAUUUAGAUAUAAAAAAAUCGAUUUUCACCAUUCGCCAAAACUGAGAGAAUUCAGGCUGGUUAACUCCACGAUUCGCACCCUCGAAAUUAACGCCUUCUCGGGUCUUUCAUCUCUCGGACUGCUGUCACUGGAGGAAUAUUUUCGUGUUCGACCGACAGAUGAUUCCUGGUUUAUUCCAGUUUAUGACCAACGCCUCCGUAACUACCUGUUCCGACUGCACUGCAGCUGUGAGUUUGACUGGUUUCGACGCUGGCGCGAAAAUAACACGGCACUGGUGGUGGAAGCGGAUCAGGGUGAAGUGUGGUCUGUUGGGCCGUACUCGUUCAACGACCUGUACUACCCGAUCGAUGCAUUUGUGCCCAUCGACUGCGCCCAGUCCAUU